AUGAGGAUGGCAAGUGAGCUGGAAGAGAUCAAAUGUCGUAAGGCAAAUGAAAGAGAAGACAGAAGUUUGGGGAGCCAAGGGUUUGUCUAUGUCAUGGCCAAUAAGCAGCCGCUGUGGAACGAAGCAACACAAGUCUAUCAGCUAGACUUUGGAGGACGGGUCACACAGGAGUCUGCAAAAAACUUCCAGAUCGAAUUGGAUGGUAGACAAGUGAUGCAAUUUGGAAGGAUCGACGGAAACGCCUACAUUUUGGAUUUUCAGUAUCCCUUUUCAGCAGUGCAGGCCUUCGCUGUGGCUUUGGCCAACGUGACUCAGAGGCUGAAGUGA